AUGACUGAGACUACCGAGCCCAUCAAACACGUUCUUCCCCCUUGGGACUUGAAAGGAACAUCCUACUUCUUCAUGUUCUGGAUUCCAUCGGCACAGGCAAAGAAGCUUCCAAUCGAUGUUGUGUUUCCCCCACUCGAGGCUCAGUCCUCUUUCGCGCGCGCUUCAGACUCAGGAUCACCACAGGGAGGGAUCGGCACUAUCCAGAUCCACCGGUACGCGUCCAGCCCCGGGGGGCCUUACGAUGAGUUCAUCCUAUCAACUGGAUUGUACUCUUAUCCAGUCGAGGAGAAAGGCAAACGGAUGGAGAAGCGGAAUAUGCGAAUCACUCGCAUCUAUGUGUCACAGAAGACGACAUGCUGGAAUGGUCGCAAAGAUUGGAGCAUCCCAAAGCAUCUUGCUCAAUUCGAGUUCAAUGAACUAGCUGGUGGUGGUACAGAGAUCAAGAUCUUCCCACACGAUACCACGGGCGACGUUGCGGAGGCAGUUGCCGACAAGAAGCCUUUCUUCCGUACUGUGUACAAGCCGGUCAACUACUUACCGAGCUUUCCGUUGACGACGUCGCUGGUCAAGUUCCUCGGAGUUGACUUGACCCUCGUACAGCCUCCUUUGCCAGAGGGCAACGGCAGCCAAGGGGAGCUCGUCGGUACCGACCGAUGGUGCAAGUUCUUUCCAACGAUUUCAAGCUCAAUGACGGAGGUUAGCUGGUUUGACAUGAGACAGGAAGAGGAUGCUAAGGAGACGAACUUCUGGCCGGGCCUCGGAAGAUGGAGGCUCGGGAUGAUGAUGAAGAAUUCUGACAUUUCAUUUGGGGGCAUGCAGUACUGGAAUGCAGUGCAAUCGGCACAAUGA